AUGCUAGACCCCUCAACGCAGUGCGCGAAGUCUAGCAGGAAUGAAGGAGAGCUGCCGGCCGGGUCGGAAGGGUCGAGUGACGAAAUCAGGGUCCUGCGGAGAAACGUUUCGCCGCUGUCAGGGGCACUCUUCGCUCCCCUCUGCACUCGUCGCCUAUCAGCCGUCCUGCGAACUAGUCCAUCGUCUGUCGUCCAUUGUCCACCGUCUUCUGGCAUCGGCGUUGCGACCCACGUGGCCCUGCGCCUGCUCAUGCUCUCCGUUCUGCUCAAUGACCGGCAGGUGCAAUUGAAUGUCCACGGGUGGUUCAUAUCGGCAUUGAUCAAAUAUAUCAUCCGUGUCCGCAGCUGUGGAGGGGAGUUGCAGAGUGUGUAUCGAGCGCACCGAAGGUGCAGGCUUCUUGCAUUCUUAGUGAUCUCUGCUUCCCUGAAUAUGCAAGUCAAUCAACCUUGUCUAUUCGCUAUCAAACUCCUACUCUGCUUGGCAUGGUACAAAGAGCAAACAACACUGCCCAGGUGCGGAACCGCGUUGCUGGAUCAUAUGAACCAUCCUGCACGACCCACCUGCUAUGGCUUGCUGCAUAAUUCAAUGUGUGAUAUCGCUGAUUGGCUGGCAGCACAUUGUCUCGAUAUCCUGCCUCACCUCAUCAAAGAUGCGGUAGAUAGCCUUCAAGAGUGGCAGCCACAACCCACCUGUUUCCAGCAAUCCACCGUGAGCCCUGACCAGCAUACUGCCUGUUGGAUCCCGCAACAGAAAGUGGCAAACAUCUAUUUGAGGGUCGAAAACAGCAUUCUUUCAACCUUCUCUAUGGUUCUAGUGAGAAGUUUGGUGUCUUCAUUCUGCACUCUUUGUAUUCUAUGGGUCGUGCUAAGUCGUACGGUUAAUCAAAUAGCAGCGCUGAGGUUGAGGGUAUUUCCGAGGAUUAAUUUUUUCUCGGAAUUCCUGUUAUCCACUCAGAACCGUGUGUGUAAAAGCCGUGAUAACAGUCAAAUCGAAAGCUCUAGUAGUGGAAGAUCUAGCGGCUACAGCAGCAACGAGGGCCACCAGCUACCAACUGAGAGAGUUCUGGCCGUAAGAGUUCCGGCCGUGUGGUCGCCGCCAAGACCUAUCAAGCGAUUGCCAAAGAUGUCCAUUUGUAUAUGUUCGGGCUUCCUAGAUGUAGUAGCAUUCUACGUCGCGCGAGACUACCAGUUGUUUUGUCCACGCACUCCAACGACUCCACAAAUAAGCACGGACAAGCUGGUUAAAGCAGUCGGAGAAGGCACGAAGAAGAAGAAACGAAGAAGACGAAUCCCUGCAACACAUCCACAAUACGAGCCCGAAUUGAUUCUGAUUCCGACAAAUCUUGGCAACUCCAACCAAACGUAUCGGGCAACAGGAUCGAAAGAUGCUUUCAAUGUUUCACGCGUUCAUUGGAGCUGCGCCUCGGUGAGAUCUUGUCACAGCAACGGAAACGGCCAUCAUCGCAUCACUGGUAUGUUUAACGUCCGCGCUUCAGUCGCUGGUGUUGACCUCAGCUCGCUAUCACCUUCAAAGCGGACUGCAAUUUAA